ACUAAUGAAUAAUGAAUGUUGUGAGAAGGUAUUUUUCCCAUGUCCACGGUAUGAAGGACCAACUCAAAAUAAAAUCUUGGCAAAUACACGAAUAUGGUGGUAUAGAUAUGCUUCAACUUGGUUCAGCUAGAAGGCCAAUAGUUAAUAAUCCAAGGGGUGUCUUGGUUCGAGUAACUGCUGCUUCUGUUAACCCCAUCGAUGUGCUAAUGAUAGGUGGAUAUGGCCAUACUCUAUUCCAAAUCCAAAGAUGUUCUCAGAUGGAACUACCUCUCACUGUAGGAAGAGAUUUUGCAGGAGUUGUAGUUGCUAAAGGACAAAAUGUGGGCAGUAAUUUACAAAUUGGGGAUGAAGUUUAUGGUUUCAUACCUUUGCACAAGCAGGGUAGCUUUGCUGAAAUGGUUCUGGCAGAUGCCUGUCAUGUGUUACCAAAACCCAAACAUUUAACUACCACUGAGAGUGCCUCUUUGGUAUAUUCUGCAAUGACUGCUUGGAGUGCAUUAUUCAUAUUUGGAAAUCUUUUAUUCAAAGUGAAAGAAGGUUUGAGAGUCCUAGUAUUAGGUGCUUCUGGGGGAGUAGGAAAUGCGGCAGUCCAAUUACUAAAAUCCCAAAAUUGUGUGGUACUUGGUACUUGUUCUACUGAUGCAGUACCAUUUGUAUAUGAUUUAGGAGCAGACUGUGUAUUUGAUUAUAAAGAUCCAGAUUAUGAAAAUGAUGUGGCAUCUGAAAGCAAGUAUCACAUCAUUCUGGAUUGUGCUAAAAUGGGCUAUCAGAAUAUACCAAAGAGCUGGAAGUAUGAUAGUUAUAUAACUCUCAAUUCACCUCUACUGACGAAUACUGAUAACUACGGUUUGCUGGCAGGACUAGUUCAUAGUGCCAAUGAUUUAUUGGGAGCAAACUUAAAUCGUCUCAAGGAUAGUAGUUCAGUCCGAUGGGGAUUUUUUGUACCAUCGAGAAAUGGUUUCGAAUUCAUCAAUGAUUUGAUACUCAAAGAAAAGAUACGCCCUGUUGUCCAGAAAGUUUUCAAAUACAAUGAAUUGCCAGAAGCUGUCAAGACAGUAUCUGCUGGACAUAUGAGAGGAAAAAUUGUGGUAGAUUUCAAUGAAUUUUGCGAAUAAAUAUUUAUUAGGAAACA